AUGGUUCCCGCAACCCGAUUUCUCGUGAUUUCUUGGUUGCUGGGGCCGCUUUCAGGGUUCUCUGGACCCGGCGUCCAUUCAUUCAAGCUCUCCGACACGCCGAUCAACCUCACCGACUCAAAAGACCCGGCAGUAGCGGCCGCCGUGGAGAAGCUGCUGGAGAAGAACUUGGGGCACGAUGCGGGUGAAGCAAACUCAGUGCCCUUGCCGAAGGAGGAAGGUGCCACGGGCAAUGCCAGCGACGGCAAUGACACGGGCUUCGGUGAUCUGGCCCGCAACCUGGAGUUCAUGAUGCUCAAGAUAGCGCAACUGGAGACGGUGGUGCAAUUGCAGCAAACCGAGCUGGUCGCUGCGCAUCGCGAGAUCGGGGCGUUGAAAAAACACGUUGGACUAGACGUCCAGCAUGUUGCCACGGCGCUGAAGAAAACUCGAGAUCCCCAUGCAGCAGGGGACGUUCUCAAAAAGGUCUUGGACAAGCAUCACCGCCAGCGCGAGACGCGCAACUACGAUCCUGAUGCCCACAAGGACCUGACGACCGAGGAUCACUCGAAGGUUCCACCGGCGCGGGAAGAGGGCCUUCUCCAACGCGAGGUCCGGAACUCCAAGCAGGAAAGCUUGCGAAGUGCUUCGCGCAAGUGGGGGUCUGUGGGAGGUUGGGUGGAAGAUAGGGUGGAUGACAUGAGCAGUGCGACCAGCAGUGCGAUCAACACAGCAGUCGAUACCCUUGAUGGCAAUGCUCUGACUGGUGAUGCUUUCAACUCGGCAUUCGAUCAGGUCAAGGAAUUGGGCGAUACUCAGGCGAUUCAGUUCAUUCAGAACACGGUGAUCGACACCGUGGCGAAGGCAACCCACAUUCUGAUGAACUUCCGCGGCUUCUCAUUUGAAUCCAGUUGCUGGACUCACGCCCCCAAUGCAUGGUUCCACGGCGACCAGUUGCGCGUCAACUUUGGCAAGUUGUACUGCAGAGUAACACUUGUCAGCCGGUCAAUCACGCUCUUCAACACCGAUUGGCCAGAAAGACACGUGCAGCUGCCCAACAUGCUGGCCUACCUGGGUGCAAAUGUCAUGAACCUUGCGAAUCAAGACCUCAAUGUCAUCCAGAAGAUGAUUGACAUGAGCCAUGCUCUGUUGCACAGCGACCACUGCAACAGAGAUGACGUCUUCGACUGCAUGGCCAGGCGUGUGGCAACAAGCGUCAUGCGGUUCGAGCCACCAUUGAACUGGCUUCCAGAAAAUGUCAAACGGACGGUUAAAAGCAUUGCUGGCCACACCCAGGAGGCGAUCGACAGGUUGUUCCAGAUGAUCCACGUUCUCUUGAACACCGCCGGCUGCGAACGAAGUAACACCUUCGACUGCAUGGCCAAGCUCGUGGCGAACUCUGUCCAGAGGUUCGCGCCCCCCAUGAACUGGCUGCCCCAGCAGCUGCACACCGUUGUCAAUGCGGGCCAGGAGGGUGUCGACAGAGUCUUCCAGAUGAUCCGCGACCUCUUGAACACCGCCGGCUGCGACCGAGCCAACACCUUCGACUGCAUGGCCAAACUCGUGGCGAACUCUGUCCAGAGGUUCGCGCCCCCCAUGAACUUUCUGCCCCAGCAGCUGCACACCGUUGUCAAUGCGGGCCAGGAGGGUGUCGACAGACUCUUCCAGAUGAUCAGCGACCUUCUGAACACCCCGGACUGCGUCAGAAGCAACGUUUUCCAAUGCAUGGCCAAACGUGUGGCGAGCUACGUCAUGCAGUUCGAGCCGCCGCUGAACUCCAUGCCCAGUCCGGUUGGCGUUCUUGCAGGCUCGAACGUCAACUCCGUGAGGAGCUUGAUGGCCAUGGGGGAUGACCUGAUGCAUUGCCAAAACUUCGAGUCCGGCCAUGAAGUCAUGAGAUGCCUAGGCUUCAAGAUCAUCGAGCGGGUACCUCCCCUGAGCUACUUGAACCAACUUGGUGACGUGAUCGGUGAGCAUCUCGAGACCUUCGCCAAGGUGGCCACUUCCAUGGCAAUGAAGGCUUUACGGGGAGGCACUUCCCUUAUCCAGAAGGCCAGUGUGUCGCAAUUCCCUGCCAUCGGAAACAUGCCGGUGCGGCACCAGCAGGGGAAUCUGGUCGUGGAGGUGCACUCGCAGAAGAUGCACCCCUCUCUCUUGCAGGUCGUGCCGAUGCCGAAGUUUGAGCUUGGUGGUGAUGUCCACGUCGCCAACUUGAUCACCCAGUUCCAUGGCAGGGAGGCCGAUUCGGGCUCUUGCCUGGCCUUUGCCCCCCGAACCAAGAACGGGGCCCAUGUUGGCAACCACCAGGAGGCGACGAAGGACGACUGGACGUCGGCAAAGAAGGAGGACUUCGUCCAGCUGGAGCCAUGGGCGGUGCCCUGCGACAACACCUGGAUGAAGGAGAACUGGAACAAGUGGCAGGGCUACUCCUUCUACACGGGCGAGCAGGCCAUCGAGAAGUGUUUGACAGUGAAGUUCGCCCUGAACAUCCAGCCUGUAGUGUCCGUCAUCUUGGGCUUGACUUUCGAGCUUCUGCCGAAAGAACUCUUCGAGGUGAUCACCACGGUGUGUUGGCCGAACCAGAUGCCUGGUGGCCUCGACUUGUCCGUCCUUCGCUCGGAGAUCAAAACUGCCGGCCACCUGCUCUUCAGCCGGACCCUAAGGCUUGCGAAGCGUUUCGGCGAUCAUACAGACUUCUCCAAGAAGAACCUGGGCACCGGAUAUCAGACCUGGAGAUCCUCGCUUGGCAUCGGCAAAGGGGAGAGCAAGACUGCGAUUGAAGCCAUGUCGCUUGUGGACAGCAACCGCAGUGAAGUAGGUGAAGUAGGUGAAGCAGAAGGCGCUGGUGCAAAGACGGAGUCUUGGUACUGGAGGACCGAGCCCGAGGAAGUCUACCUGGCUUCCAUCGACUAUGGUGACUCCAUGGAGCCCAGCAAGACCUGGGAGGCGCGAGGCGAGGAUGCGAUGCUUCGCUUGAGCGAAAUGCAGGAGGCUCUUAAGCACAACCAGGAGGAAGUCAUCGAGCUCUUCAGCUUGAAGGCAAAUUCGUCAAGGUCGAACUUCCACAUCCAAGGCCUCCUCGACGGCAACGUCGUGGAGUUGGGCGUCCAGAUGGGCUUCGGACCCUUCCAGAGCCCAAGCAAAAGAGUUCCCUUGGCUGACAUCGGGGUGCAAUUUGCUGCGGUCCUGACUGCAAUCCCCUGGAUCUCUGUCGAAACUAAGAAGACGGCCAUCGCAGCUUUGAAGGACUUUUGGCCAAGGCACGACGAGCUUGUGGAGCGCGAGCCAGCUGACAAGUCUUCCAUGGUGGCCUGGUUCAAGAGCGAGGAGGCCGACGUGGCUUGGAAAAGUUCCGUGGGCAGCUGGCAGGCUCGCGCGACGAGGGGCAGCCCCACCAGAAAGGUUGAGGCCGGCCACGGCGCCGCAUUUCCUGUUGCGUACCUCACCGGCAACCCCCACACCGGAAUUGACUUCGGCGUGAUCAUGAAGCCAGACUUCACAAUUUGCUCAGUCACCCGCUAUCUCGAAGGGGGACAACACAAGCGGAUUCUCCAGCACAAUCAACCAAACUGGCUUCUUGGCCACUGGAAUGGAUUGGUUGGGGUUUCUUUUUACAACACCUGGCUGAACCAGGAUGGAUUGCCCACGGGCCUGACCGACUGGCUCGUCAUGUGCGGCAACAGCGAAGGGGUUAUCCUGAGGGGCCGGGAAAAGAAGAAUCUCAAUGUCAACAAGAUCGUGCCCGUGAAGUCAACCGGAGAUGUCCACUUGUACAUCAACGACGGCCAUUACAUGGAGUCCUCGGACUUUGGUGUCAUGGAGGUCAUCGUGUGGAAUCGGGCACUCUCGGAAGAUGAGAUGUGGACCAGCAUGGAGUACCUGAACGCGAAGCUCGGGCCCCUUUCGCCGCUGCCAGCUUCUCCGUCUUCCAUGGUGGCCUGGUUCAAGAGCGAGGAGGCCGACGUGGCUUGGAAAAGUUCCGUGGGCAGCUGGCAGGCUCGCGCGACGAGGGGCAGCCCCACCAGAAAGGUUGAGGCCGGCCACGGCGCCGCAUUUCCUGUUGCGUACCUCACCGGCAACCCCCACACCGGAAUUGACUUCGGCGUGAUCAUGAAGCCAGACUUCACAAUUUGCUCAGUCACCCGCUAUCUCGAAGGGGGACAACACAAGCGGAUUCUCCAGCACAAUCAACCAAACUGGCUUCUUGGCCACUGGAAUGGAUUGGUUGGGGUUUCUUUUUACAACACCUGGCUGAACCAGGAUGGAUUGCCCACGGGCCUGACCGACUGGCUCGUCAUGUGCGGCAACAGCGAAGGGGUUAUCCUGAGGGGCCAGGAAAAGAAGAAUCUCAAUGUCAACAAUAUCGUGCCCGUGAAGUCAACCGGAGAUGUCCACUUGUACAUCAACGACGGCCAUUACAUGGAGUCCUCGGAUUUUGGUGUCAUGGAGGUCAUCGUGUGGAAUCGGGCACUCUCGGAAGAUGAGAUGUGGACCAGCAUGGAGUACCUGAACUGGAAGCUCUCUGGUGGCUGGGGUCCCAAAUGA